AUGCUAGUCUUCGGGUUCCACUUCCAAAUCCAGCUCUUCCAUUUCGUCAACUACACGGCGUUGGUCGAAGACGGGUUGGAGGAUGUGUUAGUCGUCGCCCAUUACCUUGAGGGGUUAUUUUUGGGACUUGGCAUGUGCCUCGUACCGGUUUCUAUUUAUAUAAUUACGACAACGAAGGUAGUCCACCCCAACCUGGCCCAAUUCUACAUCGUGGCCAUGUUUGCCAUCUACGUCCAAGUGAUUGCGCGUUUUGCCUGCACCAUCACCUGCAUCGGCUUCUUCGCGGACAGCUACACGAGACAGCGCGUCUCAGCCGUGUUGCUAAAGCCACUUCGAGACCUGCGGCGCGGCUUCGAUUUCCGCAAGAAUUCCACCUACGAGGUCAGCCAGAUCACGAUCAACGUGCAGCCGAUGGAUUCGAAUGGAAAGAUGCUGUACACAGGCGCGAAGCAGGACGACUACUUCGAGCAGCUCGCCUCGCAGUGGACGUCGAAUUUGGAGAAAUUUAGGAGAACGUCGACGAAA